GGGACUACAUCUCCCAGGGGCGCUUGGAGUGGCGCGGCCCCCGGCGCGGCGCGCCCGGCGCGGGGCAUGCUGGGACGGGGGCUCCAAAAUGGACAACCACAGGGAUGCGCCAGGGAAGGCGAGCCGGUGGUUCGGCGUGUCCCAGUCCAAGUCGGCCAAGACGAGCGUGAACAUCCUGCAGCAGGAGGAGCUGAUCGCCCAGAAAAAGCGGGAAAUCGAGGCCCGGCUGGAGCAGCAGGCGCGGCAGAAUUCCCUCAGCAUCCCGCAGCUCCCGCUGCUCGGAGACGACGAUGGCUCCGAGAGCGAGGCCUCCGUGUCCAACAAGUUUGUGAACGAUGGGAGCUUCCUGCAGCAAUUCCUGAAGCUCCAGAAGGAAAAAUCCAAUGCAGAAAGUGCCCCAAAUGCCCCCAACAACGCCGGGAAUGCCCCGGCCCCAACCCCCGGGAAGAAGCCGGCGCUGCUGGGGAAGCGGCCGGGGCAGGCCCUGAGCCGGAUGCUGCAGGCCCGGAGCCUCUGCCAGCCCAAACCCAGCCCCGUCCUCAGCCGCCUCAGCGUCUUCCAGGGCCCCGACGAGGAGGAGGAGGAGGAUUACGAGCAGUGGUUGGAGAUCAAAGUUUUGCCCCCAGAGGACUCGGAGACACGGCAGGUGGUGGAAAAGCUGGCCAGGUUCGUGGCUGAGGGCGGCCCCGAGCUCGAGAAGGUCGCCAUGGAGGACUACAAGGACAAUCCUGCUUUUGGGUUUUUGCAUGAUAAGAACAGCAGAGAAUUCCUUUACUACAGGAAGAAAGUGGCAGAAAUAAGGAAAGAAAAUCAAAAUUCCCAGGCAGCCUCUUCCCAAAAAGUUUCCCCCCCAGCCGACCAGGAGACGCGGAACUCGGCCGAGAAGCUGGCGCAGUUCGUGGCUGCAGGGGGGCCCGAGGUGGAGGCCAUUGCCCUGCAGAACAACAGGGAGAACCCUGCCUUCAGGUUCCUGUACGAGCCCCACAGCAGAGGGCACCGCUACUACCGCCAGAAGCUCGAGGAGUUCCGCCGGGCCCGGGCUGCCCCCGGGGGCUCCCCUUUUCCCGGGAAUUCCCCUUUUCCCCCUGGAGAAUCCGGCCUCAAACGGAAAAGCAGCCCCGAGGCUUCUCCCUCCCCUCUGUGCUUCCCCCCUCUCCCCGUUCCCUCCCCUCUCCCCGUUCCCUCCCCUCUCCCUCUCCCCAUUCCCAUCCCGCCGCCUCUGGCUCUUCCCGUUCCCUCUCCCGUUGUUCCCGCUGCUCUUCCCGUUCCUUCGGCCUCUCCUGCCCCCUCCUCAUCCUCCACCUCCCCUGCGGAUCAGCUGGCCCCAAGCCCAGCCCCAAUCCCGAAUCCAGCCGUGACCCCAAAUCCAGCUGCAAUCCCAAACCUUGCCACGACCCCGAAUCCAUCGGUGACCCCAAAUCCCGCUCCGGGCAGCACCAAAAAGAAGAGGAAGAGCCGGUGGGGGCCGGAGGAGGAAAAGGUGGAAUUGCCCCUCCCCCAGCUGGUGCAGCAGCUGGAUUCUCCCUCUCCCCUCUCAGUUCAGGACCUGAAGGGUCUGGGGUACGAGAAGGGCAAACCCGUGGGACUGGUGGGAGUCACGGAGCUCUCGGAGGCCCAGAAGAAGCAGCUGAAGGAGCAGCAGGAGAUGCAGCAGAUGUACGACAUGAUCAUGAAGCACAAGCGGGCCAUGCAGGAGAUGCAGCUGCUGUGGGAGCGGGCGCUGCAGCAGCACCAGCACGGCUACGACAGCGACGAGGAGGUGGACAGCGAGCUGGGCACCUGGGAGCACCGCCUGCGCCGCAUGGAGAUGGACAAGACCCGCGAGUGGGCGGAGCAGCUGACCCAGAUGGGCCGAGGGAAACAUUUCAUCGGGGAUUUCCUCCCGCCCGACGAGCUGGAAAAGUUCAUGGAGACCUUCAAGGCCCUCAAGGAGGGCCGGGAGCCGGAUUAUUCCGAGUACAAGGAAUUCAAGCUGACGGUGGAAAACAUCGGAUACCAAAUGCUGAUGAAAAUGGGAUGGAAGGAAGGAGAGGGAUUGGGAUCCGAUGGGCAGGGAAUUAAAAACCCUGUCAGCAAGGGCACCACCACCACGGACGGGGCGGGCUUCGGGAUCGAGCGCCCGGCGGAGCUGACCAAGGAGGACGACGAGUACGAGGCCUUCCGCAAGCGCAUGAUGCUGGCCUACCGCUUCCGGCCCAACCCCCUGAACAACCCACGGCGACCUUACUACUGAGGAGGGCUUUUCCCAACAGAUUUCCUGGGAAUUCUCAUCCCAAACUUCAUUAUCCAUCUCUUUUCUCCUGCUAUUAUCUGGCUUUUUUUGGGAAUCACAGCUCCUCCUUCCCCCAUGGAAAAGCUUUCCCAGCUUUUUUUGGGGACACGGGGAGGGUUUGGAGCAGCCCCAAAAAUUCCCCAAGGGACUCCAAUUCCGAGGGGUUUGGGAUUUUUGGGAAUGGCAGAUCUUGUGCUGCUCCAGGAAUUGUGGGGGGGAUUUCAUUCCUUGAUUUUUAUCUUGGAAUCCCAAAUCCAAGAGAUUUUGGGGAAUUUGGGGAACCAGUGCCUCCAGUUUUGCCUCUGGAUGGGCAGAUCUGGCCUGGAUCUGUUGGGAAUUCCAGGAUUUGAUGGAUCCAGGGGGGGAUUUAUUCCCUUCCCAGGGAUUUUGCCAACACCUCCUGUGCUUUGGGAUGAUGGAGACCCAAAAUUCCAAAGCCAAGCUUUGGAAAAAUCCAACAAAAUUCCAGCACCACGCUUGGGAAAAAUCCAGUUGGAUUUUGUUGUCCUAAAAAUGGGAAGGAAAAAAAAAAAACCUCUGGAAAUACAAAUUUUCUUCACAGUGUCUGUAAAUAAAAUCAAACUUGUUUGUUC